UUUCUCUUAACUCCGCUCACUUCCAAGGUAUUUAACGCUGGCUACCCUUUCAUCUUCCCUCACGAGUUGACGAUAUCGUUACCACCAUCAGGUUCAUUUUUAUAUGUAAGUAUUGAUUCGUUCAGUAGCACUGAAACUCUACUACUUCAAAGCUAGUGUGUGUGCCUUUCUACUUUUACAAGCUCUAUAGACAAUGGAGAAUCAGCUAGAGAAUGGACUCACACGUCAGAAGUUCACAUGGACAAUUAAGGAAUUUACUAAUAAGCUGAAGAUGGACAAUUUAUACUCUGAUUAUUUCUUACUUGGCGGAUAUAUAUGGCGUCUUGCACUAUGCACCAAGGAGAAUGGCAAGAACAAUCUGUCUCUGUAUUUGGAUGUUCCGGGUUCUUCAGAUUAUCCAUUCGGGUGGAGUAGAGAUGUAAGCUUCAGCUUGUCUUUGAUAGAUCAAGUUCAUGGCAACAACACAAUCAAGAAAGUUGAUAUUAAUGGGAUAUGUAAAGUGCAAGUCAAGUGAAAACUUUUAGCAUCAAUUUACUUUGGAUUAGUUACCCGCUUGUGUAGCCUAUGCGAAGCGAACAAGCAAGGGAUUGAGCUGCGCGAUCUUUGGAACAAUGGUUCGCGCAUUCGUUUUCUUGCUGGGUACAAUAGCGUUACCUGUACUGUGCAAAGGCGAGUUACCGGGGUUUCACGGCAUUUUUACCUCUGAAUGAGCUCUUUGAUCCCAAUAAUGGUUAUCUUCUUAAGGAUACUUGUAUUGUUGAAGCUGAAGCUUUUGUCUUUGACAAGUUUGGGCCAGAAAAAGUUGACUCUUUCACUUCUGUAAAGGUAGUUCAAGAUAAAGACCUCAUGGAGCAAAUAGGAAAAUGUAUAUAUUUUGACCUUGUGGAUUUUAGCAAAGUUUUCAGUUUCCAUGUUCAAAGUCAGACGCCCUUCAAUCUUUUCAAGGUGGUGGUUGCCAAUGAGUUUGGAUUCCCAGUUCAACGCGUAAGAUUUUGGACUUGGGAAAAGCGUGAAAACGGUACAAUCCGUCCAUAUCAGCCAUUGACAGAAGAGGAGGAAAAUAACCAUGUUGAGAAAUUGAAGAAUAGGCAUGACGGAGAAUUGAAGUUGUUCUUGGAAGUAGAGUUUCAGUUGGAUCUACAUCCAACAUUCAAUGGUAAUGAAAAUAUUCUUUUGUUCAUCAAGCUUUAUGAUCCUAUGAAAGAAGAAUUGAGAUAUGCUGGUAGGCUGGUUGUGGAGCUAACUGCUAAACCUUUGACAAUAAUAGAAAAACUUAACCAAAUGGUUGGGUUCCCAUUCUCCUGUGAUGAGGAGAUAGAACUGUAUGAGGUUUGUGCCAUAUCGAUAUUUAUUUGUCUGGUUAAUAUCAUAGAUUAUAAAAUGAAGUUAAAGCAUCACAGUAUCGAAUGUCAGUCUCAACUCUCAACUCAUUUGAAUUUUGGUAUGCUAUUUUUCGAAUUUCAGGAAAUAAGAUUUAUGCCUCUUGUGUUAUGUGAGCAGCUAGAAAAUGGGGACAUUUUAUGUUUUCAGAGAUCUGCACAUGAUAGUGAUACGGACUGCCUAUUACCUAACAUACCUUCAUUUUUGGAGCAUAUGCAUAAUCGUCAGGUUGUUUGUUUUCGAUCUUUGGAGAGACCAAAUGACGAAGGUUUUUAUUUGGAGCUGUCAAAAGCCAAUGGUUAUGAUGACAUUGUCAAAAGAUUGGCUCGUCAUAUUGGUCUGGAUGACCCAUCCAAAAUCAGGCUCACAUCUCAUAAUUGCUUUUCUCGACAACCUAACCCAGAUCCAAUUAGAUAUCGAGGUGUAAAAAAUUUGUUGGACAUGCUAGUCAAUUGUAAUCAGACAUCAGUUAUUAUGUACUAUGAGGUUUUGGACAUCCCCUUGCCACAAUUGCAAGAUCUAAAAUGUCUCAGAGUUGCUUUCUAUUAUUCUACGAAGAAUGAGGUUCUAUCUUACUUAAUCAGAAUGCCUAAUCAUAGUACUGUGAUGGAUAUGAUAAGUCAGCUAAAAAACAAGUUACAGCUGUCUUCUCCUGAUGCAAAUCUGAAACUACUUCAAGUUUUAGAUCACAAGAUUUACAAGACCUAUUCAUAUGAUGAGAAAAUUGGGGACAUAAGUAGUCAUCACACAUUGCGUGUAGUAGAGAUUCCAGAUGAGAAAAGUCUUGGUCCCUCUGAUAUAUUGAUUCCUGUGAGUCAUUUCUUCAGGGAAACUGGGCCUAAGAAUCAUAAUCAGAUGAAAAUUAAACGUUUUGGUGAACCAUUUAUGCUGGUCAUCCAUGAAGGAGAGACUUUAGCUAAGGUGAAGGUGAAGAUCCAGAGUAAAUUGCAUGUUCCGGCUAAGGAUUUUGACAAGUGGAAGUUUGCAUUUCUCUCGCUGGAUGAUCCAAACUAUCUUCAAGAUUCUGAUGUUUUAUCUAGUCGGUUCCAGAGGAAAGAUGUAAGUUCCUGGGACCAGACUCUUGGUUUAGAGCAUAAUGUUAAUGAUCCUAGAAUUGUUUAUGCGUUGGACCAGGUAUGCACUGCUGAUCCUCAACCUGAGGAAGUUCCCCCUAAACAUAUUGGUGAACUCGUUGAUUUUAGGGGUUUGGCGAAGAUAGAUAAAGUUUAUUUACCAUCACUGGAUGAGGUUUGCACUUGGCAUCCCGCGUUGAUCGAAUGCCAGCAGAAGAGAAGUGAUAUGUUCAAGCAAUGGGCGUUCACAACUUUAGGCCAAGUUCUGCAUUUCCUCAAGCCCACUAAACCAAAAGACAUGACUGGAGCUUCUUGCCAGCACCUUCUAAGUUUAUGGGAGGAGCUUGUUGAGUCCUCUGGAUUUGGUUUAACUUGGCUUGAACCUCAUGUUCAGCAUGCCUUCGAAAUGAAGAGUUAUUUUGACAAGGCUAAUAAGGUUAGAAAGCUGAAAGAUAAAGUGAAGGCUUUCUACCGGGAAACGAGGUGCCUAAGAGUUAAAAGGAAGUUCUUCCAGCUUGGACUUGAGUUAGCCAGAAAUAACUUGGCCAAGGAAGAAGAAGGCUAUGAAGAGAGAGACUUGGAUACCGUGCUUGGUUAUGGGACUGGUUAGUAUUACUAGAAACGCUUGGUACUACUCACAAGGUGGGUUAUGACUUAUGAAGACAAUGGUAUUUUGGUACAUUAUGGAUGCGGUUGAACUUGAAUUGGUUUUAAGGGAUAGUUGAUGUUUAUUUUGAUGCUGUUCUUCAUUGAAUGUUAUGCUUUCCUCUUAUAUUAAUUUAAUAUUUAACUCAUCUUUAUUUUUUCGUAA